UGGUCUGUCCAGCACAGCACAGCACACCACCGGAGACACGAACACGCCGCACCCCACAACCGACGCCACUCGAAUUCCCCGCCGCCGCCGCCGUCGCCGUCGCCGUCGCGGCGCCAUGCUCCACCUCCGGCAGCGCGUCCUCUCUCAUCUCCUCUCCGCCGCGCCGUCUCCUUCCACCUCCCCACUCCCCUCUCUCCGCCGCCUCCUCUCCGCCGCCGCUGCCCCCCGCAUUUCACCGAACCCUAGCUUCGCCGUGGAGGAGUACCUCGUCUCCACCUGCGGCCUCAGCCGUGCCCACGCACUCAAGGCCUCCGCCAAGCUCUCCCACCUCAAGUCCCCCUCCAAGCCCGACGCCGUCCUCGCCUUCCUCGCCGGCCUCGGCCUCUCCGGCGCUGAUGUAGCAGCCGUCGUCGCCAAGGACCCGCGGUUCCUCUGCGCCGGCGUGGAGAGAACCCUGUCCCCCGUCCUCGCCGGGCUCACCGGCCUCGGUCUAUCCCCUUCUGAUAUUGUGCGCUUCGUCUUGCUCGUCCCCGACAGCUUCCGCCAGAGAUGCGUCGUCUCCAAGCUAGAGUACUACCUGCCGCUCUUCGGCUCCAUCGACAACAUGGUCCGGCCGCUCAAAUACGGCCCCGGCUUCCUCGACUCUGACCUCGAGAGGGUUGUCAAGCCCAAAGUCAAGCUCCUAGCAGAGUGCGGGCUAGGUGCUUGUGAUAUUGCCAAGCUCUUCAUCCAGGCACCAAUGAUACUUGGCUCCAAACCAGAGCGUUUCGUGGCGAUGGUCGCGUGCGCCGAAGGUAUAGGUGUGCCCCGUGGCUCUGGAAUGUUCAGGCAAGCGCUGUACGCCGUCUCAUGCUUCAGCGAGGACAAGAUCGCUGCCAAACUGGACUACUUGAAGAAGACACUUAGGUGGUCAGACGCCGAGGUUGGCAUUGCUGUGUCCAAGGGUCCGUUUCUGCUGAGGAGGUCAAAUGACGUGCUGCAGCGCCUGUCAGAGUUCCUGAUCUGUGAGGUGGGGUUGGAACCGACAUACAUUGCUCAUCAGCCGACUAUUCUCAGUCGUAGCCUUGAGGGGCGGCUCAGCCCACGGUACUAUGUUAUGAGGUUUCUUAAGGAAAAUGGAUUGCUCAAGCAUGGCCCAAGCUACUGUACAAUUGUUAAAUGGACCGAGAAAAAGUUCUUGGAGAACUUCAUAUGCCCUCACAAGGAAGCUGCACCAUACCUUGCUGAAGACUAUGCGGCUGCUUGCAAAGGGCAAGUGCCGGCUAGAUUCAGAUUUACAUGAACCAAGAAGCAUGAACGUGAGUGGAACUACUAUUUAGUAGCCUUGGUGACUGGGAAGAUUUUCAUGGAAAGGUUUGUAUGCCCAUACAAGCAAGCUGCCCCCACCUUGCCAAAGACUAUGCUGCCACUUGUAGGGGAAGUGCUUUCUAAUUUGAGAUUUGCAUGACCAGUAACGGGCUAUGAGAAUUGGUAAUUACGUAUGUCUACGUGUAGUGAGCUGGUAAUUUUCGUCUCAGUGUUCUUUGCCUAACUAGAUGUUGGUUAUCUGCUAUAGUAUGUCCGGUACAUGUUAAUUCAGUGUCGCCAGUCCUGGAUGAAACUGAUAAUUUGAUUUUAGGGUACUGUUGUAUGUCCAUUACAUCAUUCGGUAGAAAAGAAAGAAUUGCACUUCAAUUAACCUGUCCAUCGUGAUGUCAUAUUGUCAUGCAUACUAGAACUAAGAGAGUGUGACGUCAGGGCAUUCUGCAAAUGCUUUCAAAUAUAUUAAUGAAGAGUAUUCUGCACACCCUAUAUGUUUAUGUUCUCAAUUGCCAUUUCAGCUUUCAAUGCAAUCCUGAGUCAAUCUAUCUUUCCAUGAAAAAAGGUUCUCAUUUUUGUCAUGAAGAUGAUAUGAAGCCCCAAAAUUCGUUAAACAUCUUUUUUGGUGGGAACAAAUCUGGAAUUAACGUGUUAGUCAUUGCUGAGGUUGCAGUUUUGAUCUAGUCUGUUGGUUGCUUCCUCUAAAGCUGAAACUCGUCAUUCUUCCUGCCGUAGCUUUGUUUAUAUGAUAUUAACUGUUGUGAAAGCAGGUCAUUAUUUACUAAUAGUUCGUAUCAGUUUUUUUCAUUUAUUUUUCUCUUAUAUUCUUGGAUCUCGCUGAUAUUUUGUGUCAAAACUGAAUACUUCAGUAGUUGGCUACUAAGUAGCAUUUUGUUGACAGCCUACACAUUUAGCACUACGUAACGGAUAUUUCAAAAGCCCUUGUAUUUGUACCGGAUACACGAAUUGAUGCUUGUAUGGUAUGGUGCCGAAAAACAGAGGGUAUUUCAUACACUAUGAAGGAACUUAUGUUAAGGUAAUCUUAAAAAGGGUCAUGGCAUUACCAUGUUAUUCUCUGCCAUACCUGUUGGCUAAUUUUAUUCCAUAUUAGCACUAUUUAUAUGGAUUCUCAGGAAAUCUUUUUAGGGAUAGUAAGGUGGAUCUUAUGUACCAUCCUCUGUUUUAUAUUUUGCAUUUUUAGGUACUCUUUUUGUAUUUGCUUUAGUUGUGUUGGUUACAGACUCGUCUGAAGACAUGUAGACUGGAAUUGGAGAAAAGAGAAUGAAGAUGUCGAAGACUGUUACCUUAGCCAAGAGAUGGUCCCAGAAAUGAUAUCUUAACCAAGCUUGGUCUUAACAUUUAAGGGAAUGCAGUAUUUUUUUUGUCUCAGUUAUACUGAAUGUCAUCUCUUCCUGCACUCUUUUUAGUUAAAUUCUCGGUCUAGGAAUGCAAGUACUAGCUGUCAGAUAGUUACUAUAGUUAUAGAAUCUUGGAGAAUUGCAAACACAGAAAUUGUAGACAUGCUUGUCUACCUCAAAUUAAGAAUCAAGAUGUGUGAGGAGAGGAUGGUGAACAUAUGUUUAUUCCUGAACAUAUGUUAGGCUGUAGAAAUUGGAAUAAAUGAGAUCUCAGCUGUGUGCUUGCAGUAACACAAAGGAGAUGGGCACAUGCUAUUAUUAGCGAAGAGCUCUGAUUUGAAAUGAAGAUCAGUUGUGUGUCUCUUCUCUAGUGCCUAGUUUAGCCUGUGGGAAUUAUAGAGAUAAUAUUAAUGCAAUGAAGGCGAGGGGAAGGGGUCUAUUAAGGAACGAAGUGACUUGCCAAGAGAUCGACCAAGCAUGGUGGCUGGGGAUUUGCUAUACUACACAUGAUUCUGAAGGCUGUGUUAGUUGAUGAUGCCUGAGACUUCCUUCAGUCACAAGUAUUUAUUCAAGAGUUGAUGAUGCCUUUCUCCUUCUGAAUUUUGCAAGUUGUGCAAUCCUUGUGAACCUGAUAUUUGGAUGAUAAUUUACUUUCACAUUAGAACAUUUUCUUUUUCGCUUACUCUGGGAUAAAAACUUGUGCUCUAAACUUUCCUUUGUACACUGGGAGAUUUCUGGUGUUAUCAAAUGGUCUUUGCUUUUACUCCACCUCUAUGAGCACUGUUGCCGAAGAAUGGGUUAUUGAAAAUAUUUGGGCAAAGAAGCUGCUGUUCAAUCGACAGUUGAAUUUAGCACCAGCUGCUGCAAUUUCUUAUUAUUUUAAUAGAAAGCCGCAAAUGAUCGAGGCGCUAUGUAGUAUGUGAAUUAUGUGUUCUCAUCUUCACCUGUACAGUUUUAUUGAGUCAACCAUGCAUGCCAUCACUUUUUUUCUGGAGUUGAUAAUCGAAUGUAAAAAAACAUAUGUCUCUGUUUUCCAUCCAUAUAUAUGCCAUGUAAGCAAUUAGAUGUGGAAUUUAAAGCCGCUAUCUAAUUGAUGGUGAUCUACUCAGACUAAUAUUUAGUUUGCCCUUUCUUUUGGUCUUACCAGAGCUUUCCUUUAACGGGAACAGUCUUAAUAGAGCUUUUUAUGUGUAGGAAUUUUGUGCGUGGAAGCAAGCAGAGGGCCGUUAUGGAUGAAGUUGAGCAAGCUAACUGGUAUGCGCUGAAGUUUAUUCCCUUUUUUCUGCGAUUUCCUGGCUGUGGUGGCUGCAUACCAUUUUUCUGCAGUACAAGUGCGGAGUGGUAAUUGAUAUUUAGGAUGGGAACAAGUUAAAUAUGCACUCUUCCUAAGACUUGAGGAUGAUGCAGCAAUAUAUCGUUCAUAGUAUUGAUUCUGAGGAUGCUCUGAGAUCUGGCAGUACAAACGCAAGGGGCUGAAGGCACCGCUGCAGUCAGGCUGGAUUAUACCGCUGCAGACGCAAGCUUACAUGAUCGCUGGAGGAGAGACAUGGUUUCAGCCAUGGCGGUGGCGCGAGAUUACUCGACGCUCUAUUAAGACUGCGGGGGAAGAUCAGUGUCGCCGUACAAUCAAGUGGUCGCUAGCUGGGGAAGUUGGCAGCAGUCUGGUAGGCGAGGAAGAUGAGAUGAUCGUGCAAUGGCUGGCCUUUUUUGAACCCUAUCUGAAGAUGGUUAGAAACUAUGUGUGAAACCUGCUCUGUUGCGUGGCGGGUUUCAUCGUUUCCGUCGGAGGAACAGCUAAGACCAUGUUGAUUCGUUAACAUUCGUGAACAUCAUCUGGUUGCUAGCAUCUGUAAAAAGGAAGAAACGAAAUUUGUACAGACAUCAAGUAUUCAAAGUUCAGUUUAUGCAGAUACCAAUCAAGUAUUCAAAGUACAGACACCUGUAUUUGAGUUC